AAAGCGCACGCGCACUGCUUAAUUGUUCGAUUCGGGUGUAAAUUAUUCACCGCAUUACGAGUAAUAUAACAACGUACGAGGGAUCAAAAAGAUAAAAAUUUAUAUCAUAUGGAAAACAUGGGACUAUCAACGAACCCAUCUUUUUUAGAUGUGGAAUUAUCACAAACACUUAUUACAUCACCUUCCAUAUCAACACUUAUGCAUGAUGAAGAAGCCUCUAUAUGUCCAUUACUUUCAAAUAAUAACAUUUCGGGACCGUUGGAAAUGUCCCACCCACUAAGUGCAAAUUGCACAAGUAAAGAUGUUUCUUUAUCCAAUGCAAACUUUAAAGCUGAAACGAGUUCAUCUGGUAGUAGCACUGGACUUGCAAUGGAUGCUUCAGAAUCUCCGUCGACAAAUCUCUUCAACAAAACAAAUUAUCAAAACUUGCAAAAUACCAAUGUCAGCAGUGAUCAGGAAUCAAGCCGUCAAUACAUACGUGGAAAUAUGCAUCAUUCUGAAGAAGCUCCAUUGUUUGUGUCGUGGAACUGGCCUUUAAUACGAAAAUUCACACUUUUCAUAUUUUUAUCUGCGUUGUUAGCCAUGUGCUCGGUUGUUGUCGCCAAAAUUGCACAAUUACCAAAAACGUGCAAUCCAAAGACGGCAUGGUAUCGAGGAAGUGUGUUUUAUGAAAUAUUUCCUGCAAGCUUUCAAGACUCCGAUAAUGAUGGCAUUGGCGACAUAGGUGGCAUACUGAAUCGCAUGGAUUAUUUGGCCUCUUUAGGUGUCUCUGCGGUGCGGCUUAAUUCUAUCUUUGACUCGGCACACUACCCGGAUGACUAUGAUAAUCCUACAUCUAUUACUAGAAUAAGCUCAGUAAUUGGGAAAGUAACCGACAUUAAGAACUUAGCAAAUGCCUUGCAUCAGAACAAUAUGAAGCUUAUAUUAGAUUUACCACUUCGCCAAGUGAUCACUAAAGGAAUCUCUAAUGAGGGAAACUUUAACGAUUUGAUCAAUGGUGCACUUAUUCAGUGGAUCAGCCAUGGAGUGGACGGCUUUUAUCUUAAGGGGCUGGACAAAUUUGCAAGUAAUUUUAUGCUAGGAAAUCACUUAGCAUUAUGGAAACGAAAUAUUGGGUCAAAUGUUGUUCUAAUGGUUGAAGAGUCUACAUUCAUGAACAAAUCAUAUGCAGAAAUAGCCGACAUUUCCAAUUAUAUUGAUUUAGUCGACAUUCGUCUUAAUGUAGGAAGUGGUGCAAAGGCUAUAGAUCAACGAAUAAAAUAUAUACUUACCCAAUUAUUACCCCCUAAAGAAGAUGGUGCAUGGGCCCACUGGUCCAUUGGAGGUGUGGAUUCAUUUAAUCGGAUCUCCCAAGUAGCAGAUAGUCCGAAAUUCGCACUGGCUACCACAAUUAUGCAGCUAAUGCUGCCUGGUACUCCAAGCAUAUUUUAUGGUGAUGAAAUUGCCAUUGAAAGUGCUUUAUAUCCAAAUAAUGAACGCAAUGACAUGAAACAUCUGCACCAUUUGGUUCCAAUGGCUUGGCCCAAUGCAACACAUCAAUUUACAAGUUACCACACUUUGCCGUGGAUUUCGGAGACGUCUUCUUAUAAUUUUGAGUAUUCAAAAUUAAUUGCUAAAAUGAUCUCUUUGCGGGAUCAUUCUCCUUCCUUAUAUAAGAAUGUCAUCUGCAAACAAAAUACUAAAUUACCAAAUACUCAAAUACACCACAGCAAUGACGACAUUAUAAUGAUAGAACGCAGCUACCCACGAAGGAAUUCAUUUGUAUCCAUUACUAACCUAAAAGGGAAAAAUGUUACAUUAGACUUGACAUCACUUUUCUACAGUGGCAAUCAAAUGCUUACAGAAAACGAAGGUGAAAAAAUUUAUUUCAAUAGUUUAGAGAUUCUCCCUCUCGAGACUAUUGUAGUCAAAUUAGAUAAGUAAGAUAACAUUUCUAACAAAAUUGUGUUAUUUUAUAAUUACAAAAAAAAAAAA